CAAAUAGUUUUUUUUAAGCUGUGAGUGAAAAAGUACCGCAUCAGAUUUUUGUCGUGUAUUUUCCUCAGAAAAAGAAAAUUUUAGAGAAAAUUUUCAAAAAAUUGUUGUAUUUUCCAUAUAAAAUAAGUUUUAAAAAUAAAAACUUGCGGUGUUAGUUGUUUAGCCAGCAAAAGAAAAGCCAAAAAAUUAAGAUUUUCUUUAGGCAUUGAGGUUAUGAUAAGUUUAAUAAAAAGCAAUAUUGUUUGUGAGAGUGAAAAUAACUAUUAAAAUAUAUCUUUCUGUUGGUUGAGUUAAAUUAAAAGACAAAAUGAAUGUACCACCAACUGCUGGCGCUCCAGCAGUACCACCAGCUUUGGGUGGUUUAGGUUUUCCACCUGCCAUAGUGCCGCAAUUCAAUAUACCACCACCCGGAUUUGGUGGGCCACCACCUGCUGAAUUGGCGGCAGCAUUUGGUUCUGCACCGCCCAAUACAGAGUGGACGGAACACAAGGCACCCGAUGGCAGACCUUAUUUCUACAAUAACAUUACCAAACAGAGUUCAUGGGAAAAACCUGAAGCUUUAAUGACGCCCAUAGAGCGUUUGCAACAUCAAUGCCCCUGGAAGGAAUAUCGUUCAGAUGCCGGUAAGGUUUACUAUCAUAAUGUAACAACAAAAGAGUCUAGGUGGGAGCCACCACCAGAAUUUUUAGAAAUGCAAGAAAAAGUUAAAGCCGAAGAAGCUGCGAUGGCAGCCAAGCGUGUAGCUGUUAUGACUUCAAGUUUUGCUGGUAUAGUUCCUCCCGCCGCCUUAGCAACUGUAUUGCCUGCUACUUUGCCAACUAUACCAAAGAUACACACACCCGAUAUACAUUCGCCUUUGACACCGGGCAGCAAUGAAAAUUCCUCCUCAGCAUUGGAUCAGGCCAUGGCGGCCACUCUGGCUUCCAUAGAAAUACCCUCUUCCAAUAAAGAAGAAAAAGAAAGUAAAAGAGAAGCUGCUGACGAACCCAAACUGAUAUUCAAGGAUAAAAAGGAGGCUAUAGAAGCUUUCAAGGAAUUGCUACGUGAAAAAAACGUACCUUCCAAUGCCAAUUGGGAUCAAUGUGUUAAAAUUAUAUCUAAAGAUCCACGUUAUAAUUCUUUUAAAAACUUAAAUGAAAAGAAACAAACGUUUAAUGCCUAUAAAACACAAAAACUAAAAGAUGAAAAGGAGGAGGCACGUCUUAGGGCUAAAAAAGCUAAAGAAGAUUUGGAAAAGUUUCUAAUGACCACAGACAAAAUGAACUCCACUUUGAAGUAUUACAAAUGUGAAGAAAUAUUUGCCAAUAAUAAAAUCUGGACAUCUGUGCCGGAACAGGAUCGCCGCGAUAUUUAUGAAGACUGUAUUUUCAAUUUGGCCAAACGGGAAAAGGAAGAGUCACGCAUGAUGAAAAAGCGUAAUAUGAAAGUUUUAGGUGAACUAUUAGAGUCUAUGACGACCAUUACCUAUUCCACCACCUGGGCAGAAGCUCAGGUAAUGCUGCUGGAAAAUUCUGCCUUUAAAAAUGAUGUUAAUCUCUUGGGCAUGGAUAAGGAGGAUGCAUUAAUAGUUUUCGAAGAACAUAUUAGAACGUUAGAAAGGGAAGAAGAUCAAGAAAAGGAGCAGGAAAAGAAACGUUUAAAACGUCAACAACGCAAGAAUAGAGACAAUUUCCUCACCCUACUCGAUUCUUUGCACGAAGAAGGCAAAUUAACUUCCAUGUCCUUGUGGGUAGAAUUGUAUCCCAUCAUUUCAGCUGAUAUACGUUUCUCCGCCAUGCUGGGACAAAAUGGUUCUACACCUUUGGAUCUUUUCAAAUUCUAUGUUGAAGAUCUGAAGGCACGUUAUCACGAUGAAAAGAAAAUCAUACGAGAAAUUCUCAAAGAAAAAGACUUCAGCGUUAAGGCCAACACAACAUUUGAGGAUUUCGCUACGGUCGUAUGUGAGGAUAAACGUUCGGCUACACUCGAUGCUGGUAAUGUUAAACUCACCUACAAUGCUUUACUAGAAAAGGCUGAAGCUAUAGAAAAGGAACGUGUCAAAGAAGAAACCAAACGUUUGCGCAAAUUGGAAAAUGAAAUCAAGGCAGCCUGGUUGGAGGCCAAUGUCUCACCUCAUGAACCGUACGAAUCGGCACAAAAACUUGUAGAACAUUUAGAGUCAUAUGCUAUUUAUGAAAAAGAAUUGGGCGUGCAUAAAAUUUGGGAAGAUUUUGUACGUGAAAGUGAAGAUGCUUGUACGCAUCAUCACUCCAGAUCAAAGAAAUCGAAAAAGAAUAAAAAACACAAGAAACGUUUACGUUCUAGUUCUAGAUCGGACAUAGAAAACGAUCCCAUGGAAAUGGAGAGAGCGCGUAAAAAGAAAUCAAGAUCAAGAUCGCUAUCUGUUAGCUCUAGCCUAAGUAAAGAAAGUGAUCGUCUGUUGAAAAAGAAAAAGAAGAGAAAGAACAAAAAAUCUUCAAGAGAUUCUUCCUGUGAAUCAGAACGACUACAAUCUGUAGACGGAGGAGGCUCACCCUCAGCCAUGGCAAUUGAUGAAUUCUGCUCAGCUCCUAGCAAAAAGAAGAAAAAAGAGAAAAAGAACAAAAAGGAUAAGGAGCGUCGACAUCAUCAUGAUAAGCAACGUUCUGUUACACCACUCAGCCCAAUUGCUAGUAAUCAAUCAGAUGCGGGACAUUCUCCUUCCAGCCAACGCAAUGAUCCCGAUGAGCAGGCUCUUAGUGAAUCGGAACUAGAAUCGAAACGAGCCGCAUUAUUGGCACAAUUAAACGAACAAAUGGAAGAAUGAUACAAGUGAAGGAAUGAAUACUAUUGUAAAAAUUAAAUUACUAUUCUUUAGGUUUACAACUAUUUAGGAUUUUUUUUAUUAUAUUAUUCUUUUUUGAUCUUUUGAUAUCUGGACAGACUACACAAAAACAAACUGAACUUGUGUAAACAUUUGUAUUUCGUAAUUUGCAAUAAUUUGUUCUUUAACUUAAAUGUUUUCAAUUUGAUUUUCGUACAUUUUUUUGGCGCAAAUUUUUAGUUUAAAUUUUAACUAAAGGAUUUUAUAAUGUUUAGUUUUUUACUUUUUCUUCUUUAAAGACUGUUAUUAACAAAACAGACUUAGUUAGAAAGUUCAGUUUAAAGAAGUUAAGUGUGAAAAGAAAAUGAAGUAUUUUAAGCUAAAUACAUACAUACAAUACAAAAUUCAUAUUGGAAAUGUUA